GCGUAGCUCGCAGAGAGUUAAGUGCCAGCCCUAAACUUCACUAGCACUGUCUGAUCUUCAAGAUGGCUGAUUCUUCUUCCACAAGUACAGGCCCACACCCUGACUACAGGAGCUACCUGAGUGAGCCUGACUCCAGCUGCAAUGACUUCAUCAUGCAGCAAACUAUGAUGAGGAUCAGAGACCCUAAGGCCAGCCUGGACUUCUACUCUAGGGUCAUGGGAAUGAGGUUGUUGAAGAGGGUAGACCAACCAUCGAUGAAGUUCACCAUCUAUUUUAUGGGCUAUGAGAAGGCAGAGGAUAUACCGACAGACCAAGAUGAAGCUUGGAAGUGGCUCCUCACACGUCGUGGGACUAUUGAACUAACACACAACUGGGGCACAGAGACGGACCCUACCUUCACUGGAUACCACAAUGGCAACUCUGAUCCAAGAGGAUUUGGUCAUAUUGGAAUAGCUGUGCCGGAUGUGUACAAAGCUUGUGAUAGGUUCGAGACUCUGGGAGUUCCUUUCAUCAAGACCCCCACUGGAGGCAAAAUGAAGGGGAUAGCAUUCAUUAAAGAUCCCGAUGGCUAUUGGAUAGAGAUUCUGAGUCCCAACAAUGAUGUCAUCGUAGCCAAUUGAACAAUGACUAUAAUGUCACUAUAAUUAAAAUAAAUUAUAAUACAAUAAUAAUAAAUUUUUAGUGCAAUUUA